AUGGCACCCAUGACGCCCCGGCUCAAGAUCCUCUCAGUUGGAGGAAACCCAGUUUCGGCUUUCCUGUCGUGGAGAUUACAAGCGACCAAUGCCUGCGACGUUACACUGGUGUGGAAGUCGGGAUUCGAUCACGUCGCGCAAUACGGCAUAUCUUUCAAGUACGCUGCCACUCCCUUCCCGGCAACUCGCCUUCCCGCCUCUAAUCAAGAAAUCCUUAGGUCUCCCGUGUUCGGUAAUGAACGGUUUAAGCCGCGGCAUGUCGUACGCGUUCCCGAGGAAGCCGCGCAAGGCGGCGGUCCCUUCGACUACGUGAUUCUUUGCAUCAAGGCCCUCCCCGAUGUCUACGACCUCGCUGCCGUAAUCGAUGCCGUAGUUACGCCUCAGCACACGUGUAUUCUCAUCAACACAACCCACACCCUAGGCGUCGAGGCUGCCAUCGAAGAGCGGUUUCCUACCAACGUUGUUCUCUCCUUGGUUUCCAACGCCGAACUCUCUCAGCUUGGCCAGAGCGAAUUCGAACACAAGGGCUCAACUGAGAUCUGGGUUGGGCCUUCGAGCAAGAAUGAUAACAUUCCAAGUACUAUCCAGGGCGACAUGGCCGAGGCGCUGGCCAUGACACUGAAUACUGCUCAAGUUGACUGCAAGGUUUCCCGGAAUAUCCGCCAGCAGCAAUACGAGCGGGUCAUUGGGCCCAUUGCAUUCCACCCCGCCAGCAUCAUAUUCGAGACGGCGAGCCAUGCACAACUACUCGAAAAGAUUGGAGUACGAGACUUGGUAACCGGCGUAAUUGACGAGUUGCUGGCCUUGGCGGAUGCACAUGGGUGCAAGUUAUCUCCCGACUUCAAACAGAAGACGAUUGACGACAUGACGAAGCCCACAAACCAAGAGAGUAUUAUGUGGCAGGAUUACAUUGCGAAACGACCGAUGGAAGUUGAGACGUAUUUGGGCUCCCCGAUAAAGUUGGCUAAGGAGGUCCGCGUUGCUGUUCCUCGCAUCGAAACUCUUUACGCCAUCCUGCAUAACCUGAAUAUUGUCAACCGUCAAAAACCUCCCAAGCCUGCCGAUGUCGCCAUGGGUCCUCCUGGCUCGCCGACAGGCCUUCCGAGAAUGUCAUCUGCCAAUGGUGCCCGACCAGGCAUGAACGGCAACGGCAUGCCUCCCAACCGGGGAGCGCGCUCGCGGACUUCGUCCAACCUCGGCCCAGGACCCGGGCCCGGCAUGCGCCGGCCGCCGAUGAAUGGCGGCCCGCCUAACGGUCAUCCUCGUGGCCCUCCCCCCCCUGGGUCUCGGGCGGCCUCGAGACGUGGUUCUUUGGAAGGGAACGACCUGGAAGAAUUUUCACACCUUAUGCUCUACGACGACAUUCCUGAAGGCGACGAGCCUGGCUAUGCCCAUGGCCCUGAGAGCUCCGAUUUGGCGAUUCGCGAACGGGAACUGGAGUUGCGCCAACGAGAGCUGGCGAUGAGGGAGCGAGAGAUGCGGAUGAGAUCGAGGGGUCCGCCGCCCUCGGGAGCCAGAAGAGGCCCGCACCCAAUGCGCAACAGUGCGCAGGUCUUCGAUGAGGAUGAUGACGACGAUGAUUAUUUCGACCCGAACUCCGGCCCUCCCCCUCCAAUGAUCGACCCAGACAACUUCGACAUGAUGAGCGUUACGUCCAGGAAGAACCGGAAAGCAGCGCCGCCGCCCACGCGUGCCCAGUACCACAAGAACGAAAUAUACGACGCAGGAGGAGCGCCCGUGACCAAGACCUCUCGGUUCCGCCCCAACUUUGGGCGCAAUCGAUCGAGCCAGAUUGCUAGUAUCCCUGUCGCGAACGAAAAUAUCCUGGACGAUCCCCUUUUCUCUUACUCGUCGAACCGAUAUGGCGCUGUUGACCGUGGCGCGAUGCAAGCGGGCUCGAGAGCGAACUCUCUGACUGCCUCGCGGAUGGACGACAUGCAGCUGGGCGCCGGUCCUAUGGGCAUGGGCAUGAAUGGGGCAUUCCCGCGGCGAGCUAGUCAGUCCCCCGGAAACCCGUACAGUCCUUCCAUUCGAGGUGGCGGCGGCCGACCGUCACCGCCCAAUGGCUACCACGGCCCUCCCAUGAACGGUCGUCCAUCGCCUCCUGACGGCAUGCGUCAACCCGUGCCCCGAUACCCUCCCGGCCAUGGUAACGCAGUUGCGCCACAGCAGGUUGAGCAGCACAUCGGGGUGAGCGGUCUUGUUUCUCCACCCAAACAGAAGAAUAUGAGAAGUCUGACUGGUAGUGCGAGCGCCAGCGCGGCUAGUGGUGACUCACAGAACGAUACAGAGCCCUCGGCCCACAGCAGCCAGAGCAGCCUCGGACAAAGGCCGCCCAUAGGAGUGCGUUAA